AGUUGCCUCGGCCCACUUUAAACGGGCGCAGCUUUGUCAAUGAGCGUCUAUCUUCUGAGAGGAUUAAUGCAGUCCAAAGGUGGAGGAAAAAUAUUGAAGGUUUGUGGCGGACGGGAGAGUAAUCCUUUGAGCUCCUGGGGAGACAGAGAGAGAGGGAUGAACAUGUCGAACUCUUUGCUCUCGGAUUUGGCGCAUUUUGUGAGGAACCGAUGGGCUGAAGGACAUUUCCCAAUAAACGGACAUUUGGUCAAGACUAUUUAAUGGCAAUAUCUGAGACAGAGCUGCCCAGCCUCAGGGAACAGAAAUGGUGCACAAACUUCUGCUGCCCAUCGCUUUAGCAGCAAGCCUCAUCUCACCUGAGCUGCCAGGUGCCUCAGCCACCAAAACAAAAGCUCAAGUGAAGAAUAACUCAGGUGUGACACCAGCUGGGCAGUGUGGGACCUGGGUGAAGGAGCCUGAUGGAGGAUUUUUCACCUCACCCAACUACCCUGAGAAAUACCCGCCAGAGAGGGAAUGUGUCUACAUUAUAGAAGCCUCCCCUCGACAGUGCAUCGACUUGUUCUUCGAUGAAAAGUAUUCCAUCGAGCCUUCCUGGGAGUGCAAGUUUGACCACAUUGAGGUCCGCGAUGGGCCCUUUGGUUUCUCGCCCAUCAUUGGUCGCUUCUGUGGGCAGGAAAGCCCAGCAUAUGUCCGCUCCAGUGGGAGGUACCUGUACAUCAAGUUUGUUGCUGAUGGUGAACUGGAGGCCAUUGGUUUCUCUGCCCGGUAUAACUUCACACAAGAUCCAGAGUUCCAAGGGCUUGGGGAACUGCCAGCUCUGCCAUUUUGUGAGUUUGAGCUGAGCGGUCCAGAAGGCUUUGUGGAGUCCACCCAGAUAAGUGGAGAGGGCCGGGCGCUGCUGACUGAGGCUGUAGACUGCAGGUGGUACAUCAAGGCUCCACCAAGAAGUAGGAUCUACAUGCGUUUUCUGGAGUACGAGAUGCACAACUCAAAUGAGUGCAAGCGCAACUUUGUUGCUAUCUAUGACGGCAGCAGUUCGGUUGAGCACCUGAAGAAUAAAUUCUGCUCCACGGUGGCCAACGAUGUCAUGCUGGUGUCCUCCGUGGGUGUUGUGAGACUGUGGGCAGACGAGGGAAGCAGAAAGAGCAAAUUUAGGAUCCUCUUCACAACCUUCCAUGAACCUCCAUGUGAAGGAGAAACUUUCUUUUGCCAUAGCAACAUGUGCAUCAACCAUACCCUGGUCUGCAACGGUAUCCAGAACUGUGUUUACCCAUGGGAUGAGAAUCACUGCAAAGAGAAGAGGAAAGCCAGUAUCCUGGACACACUGGAUAACACAAACCUCACUAUCAUUGGAGUGACCUGCGGCCUGGUUGUCAUCCUGCUCAUCAUCUCUGUCAUCAUCCAGAUCAAACAGCCACGCAAGAAAUACAUCAUCCGCAGAGAUGACUUUGACCCUGCCCUCCUCCACCCUGGUUUUGAGCCUCCUCACUAUGAGCUCUGCACUCUCCGCCGCGCCCCCUCAGGUGACCUGACUGAUGCCGCCCUGGCUGAGGACUUUGAGAAGUUCCACAAGCUCCAGCGUUCCUCCUCCAAAUGCAUUCGCGACCACCACUGUGGCUCUUACCAGGGGAGCGUGCAUGGCAGUGUCCACGGUAGCCGCAGCAAUCUGAGCAUGAGGGACGCUACCAUCGCGGCUGAUGGAGGGGCUCUUGUGCCGCCCCUGCCGCCGGUCAUGGUGAGCCAGCAGUCACCGCGCCUUUCCCACCACACCACACCAGCAGGUCGAAGGAGCAUCCUGGUGAUGAAGCAUAGCUACUCUCAGGACGGGGCAGAGGGGUACAGGGCGGAGGAGGAGGAUGAUUUGAUGAGAGAUGAUGGUCCCACCACCAGCCAGCACCACAUGCACCACCAUCAGAUCCACCAUGGCACGCCAGGGCUGGACCAUGCUGUCCACCGUACACUGUCUAAUGACUUCUGAUAUAUGGCGACAUGGAAAUAAAGAAAAGAGACCAACACUUAAGUUAUUUAUAUGAUCAGGUUAAUAAAUCCUUGACAAUUAAACUCCUUUUUAGAUAAGAUUUCAGUUUCACUAAUAGGAAUUAAAGGUCCAGUGUGCAGGAUUUAGGGGGAUAUAUAUUUACAGAAGUAUGUUUUCUUUAGUGUAUAAACAGCUGAACACCUUAGAAUUAGCCUGUUACAUCUAGGAGCAGGUCCUCAUCCACGAAUACCACCAUGUUGCACCGCCAUGUUCCGACAGUAUCUGAGAAUGAACAAACCAAACACUGGCUCCUCUGCGAUGAGAUUUUUUUUUUUUUUGACAUGAAAGUCAUUUAUUUAUUUAUUUUCAACCAGUUUAAAUCUCCAGGUUUAUUUGUUUAGGAGAGGAAGAGAUCUCUGCAAACAAUUUGGCAUCUCUCAAAAGUCUGAAUCUUAAGUUAUCAGAGAAAAAAGUGAGCACACAUUAGCAGGUGUUAAUACCAGUUUUAAUCACAAGGUCCAUUUGUUUCGGAGAGGAAAAGAACUCUGAGUAAUUUGGCUACCGGUAAAAAGCUCCUGAACAAUAAACACUAAAGGAAUUGGGGAAUGGGAGAAGUUUCAGCUGGUUGCAACCGCCCAUCCUCACCACUAGAUGUCACUAAAUGUCCUUAAAUCUUACACACUGCUUCGUUAAUGCUGACUUUUACAGCUCCUCUCAGCGUUUCUUGGUCUCAUACUCCAAAUUCAAUUGGAUUUUUACAUUGUAUGCAUCACGAAUAGUGUGGACUCGAGCUUGUGAAACACACACUAGUAAUUAUAAUAAAAAUACCUGUCUGCCAAAGAAUUUAUAGGAGCAACUGUUGUACAUCUUGCGUAGUUGAUUGCUGUGGUAGUGCUACUGUGCAUGGGAGUUGCAGGGAAAUAAACUGUCAGGAUUUGAGAGCAAUGGAUCAACAAAGGAUUUAUAUCCACAGAUAGUGAGAUAAUUUAAUUCCCACUUAUUCUAAUGCAUCAGAUUUUAUCCAUUUUUGUUCCUUAUUUGGCUUUUCCAACUCGGGUGUAGAAUGUAUUUAUGACUGCAACCUAUUUGUGAUUAUUUUAUGAAUGAACUAUGUGUUGUAGUGUUUCCUAUAUGUUUGGACAUUAUUGCACCACCAAAGGGUUAAGCUGUUCCUUUUCCUCCAACAUGCAAGAUGUUUUGUGUUAAACACAUGUCCAGAAUCUGACAGGACAAGACAUUAACACAGAUAAUAUCAAGGACAGCAUAUGAAAACAUACAAGUCAAACCAGUGAAUUCAGCACACAAACAUGUUUCAUUCAAGUACUCGCGAACUCCUUUUGGAUAGUCCACCUACAAAUAGUUUACAGGGUAUUUGUAACAUUUCAUGAGCUUCUUAGUUGUGUUUCAACAAUUCAGCUGUUUUGCUUUUUUGUAGUGUUCACCAGAUUAUCUAUAGAGUGUAUAACAAUUCAUGAAAAUGCCUUCUUAUCAUCAGAAUAAUUCAGUUGAACUUGAAUUUUUCAGUAAACCCAUAGGCUGAGUGAAUAUU